AUGGCGAAGCUUUCAACGUCUGCCUCUCACGGAGACGCCAGCGUCGGUUUCGCGCAUGGCAACACCAUUCGCCGUCGCCGUCGUAUAUCAACUGUUGUAGUCUUCCGCCACAGUCUGCGGCAAAGAGUCAUGGUCGUCUUCGAACCCUUGCCGGCGCAAGACGGUCCCGCGUCCGGACUCGUGCAUGCCGAUCAUCGAGCGCCGUCUCCCCAACAUGGCGCGACGUAG